GAAGGAGGAACCUGGGAAGUUCCUCACAUGGUGUUACUGCUCUCCACCCCUCAACAUCAUCAAAGGCACAUACAAAACCUGAAUGCUUGGAGUCUUAAGAGUGUAGUGGGCAGCACCUUUCUGUCUCCUACUCAAGUAACUGCUGUUGCUGUCAGAGUCCUGGACUGAGAACAUGGACAAGCUGCUGCUGCUGCUGCUUGGGGUAUCUGUCCUCACCAGCCUUCUUUCAGAAGCUUUUGCUCAGACAGACCUCACAGGAAAGGUAUUUGUGUUCCCCAGAGAGUCUGAAAGCGCUCAUGUGAAGUUAAUCCCACGUCUGGACAAACCUCUAGAGAAUUUCACGGUGUGUUUUCGAACCUAUAGUGACCUUUCCCGCCAUCACAGUCUUUUUUCCUACAAUACCAAGGGCAGGGACAAUGAGCUACUAAUUUAUAAGGAAAGAGUUGGAGAAUACAAACUGUACGUUGGGCGUUCUGGAGUCACAGUCCGUGGUUUGGAAGAAUCGGCUUCUCCAGUGCAUUUCUGUGCCAGUUGGGAGUCCUCUUCUGGCAUUGCCGAAUUUUGGGUCAAUGGGAAACCUUGGGUGAAAAAGGGUCUGCAGAAGGGGUACAUCGUGGAAGCCAAACCCAGCAUUGUCUUAGGACAGGAGCAGGAUACCUAUGGAGGAGGGUUUGAUAAGGCCCAGUCCUUUGUGGGAGAGAUUACAGAUUUGAACAUGUGGGACUCUGUGCUAAGCCCAGAAGAAAUUAUACUUGUGUACCAAGGUUCCCCUCUUAAUCCUAAUAUUCUGGAUUGGCGGGCUCUGAACUAUGAAAUAAAUGACUAUGUAGUCAUCAGGCCCUGUGUGUGGAAUUAAGAUCUUACAGGUAAACCUCAUGAAAAUGAAAUGACGGAUAUCUCAAGAGGUCAAGUCAGCACAACUCGACACUUAAUCCUGUAUCUGUAGCCUUUCCUCUUCGUGAAUGCCCUGUCUGCUUGUCUACCUAAUAAAAAUAUUGCCCAAUUCCA